AUGGCCACUACACUUCAAGACUCAGGUGAAAAUCAUCAAUUGCCACAAUUCUCCACUGGGGCGAGUUCUAAAACAUCGUUUGACCUUGAACCUAACCCAUUUGAACAAAGUUUUGCAACUGGUAAAGAGAACCCAAAUGGUACCUCAAAAGCUCCAAAUAUUCCAGCUUCUUCGCCUCAAAUUUUAACACCAGGAGGUAGAAAAUUACCACCAUUAGUUUUAUCCCCAAAUGUUCAGUCUAGCUGGAGCUCAAAUAAUUUCGGCAGAACUGGUUUAACUCCAAAUGAAUCUGGGUUGAGAACUGGUUUAACCCCAGGCGGACCAGGUUUACAUGCACUAAAUGGUAUUGCAUUACCAGGCUUGAAUACACCAGGAUCUUUGGGAUUUUCAGGCUUAACCCCAGGGCUUUCUUCAUUGUUAGGUGCUGCUGGUGUUGAUCAACAUUCAAAUCAUUUAGGUAUACCUGGUCAAUCAAAUCCACAACAAGCACAGACUCAAAAUCAACAGACCCAACCACACCCUUCUAUUUCACACCAAGAUGUCGGUCUUAUUCCACCUCAACCACAACAGGCUCAAAUUCAAACACAACCAGCUGCUGCUCAACAACAACAACAGUUGAACCAAAAUGUCGCUCAUUCUGGCCAAAACUCCAGAAAUCACUCAUUACACCAAUCACCAGUUCAACAGUUUCAAACCCAGCCCCAAGCAGGCGUUCCUCAACAACCAUCUGCCAUUCACCAAUCAAACACACAGCCAAUUAUCCCUCAACCAGCUUCACAAUCCACUAUUUCUAAAACUUCAGCUGAUGCUUCACCAAAGGUUGUGGAGCCUCCAAAAAGAGGUAGAAAGAAAGGAUCAACAAAUAAGGCAACAAAAGUUAAAAACAAUGAUGAUGGUCCUAAACGCAAAAAGGCCAAAACUGAUAAAACAUCAAAAGCCAACGGUGCUGCUGCUCCAGCUCCAGCUCCUGCAAAUGUUGAAGAUUCAGACCCACAAUCAGACUCUGCCAAGGUAAAAGACGAAGAAGGUGAUGAUAAUUUGAAUGAUAAUUUAACUGAAGAUGAAAAACGUAAACAGUUUUUGGAAAGAAAUAGAGUUGCUGCUUCAAAGUGUCGACAAAGAAAAAAACAACUGAUGGUGAAAAUGGAAACUGAUUUGAAUUUCUAUUUGAAUGAGUAUAAUAACUUGACGGCAAGUGUUGAUCAGCUGAAAGAUGUUUCUACAAAUUUAAGAGCAUUUUUAUUCAAUAACGUCAAUGUUGGUCAAAAUGCUCAAAUUUUGAAAAGUGUUGAAGGUAUACUACAAAUUAUCAAUCAAACAAACUAUAUGUCCAGAUUAAGAGGAAAUGCACCUUCAGAUAUAAUACCCACAGUUCAACCAAUAAAUCCAUCUUUAGUCCAGCCGAACGCUCAACAGCAUCCUCAAUUUGCACAACAACUUCAACAACCUCAACUUAUGCAAGCACAAGCUGAUAUGAUUUCAAAUUCAUUACCAAAUACUGUUCCAAACACUGUUCCAAACUCAGUUCCUACAAGUAAUAACAAUUCUUCAACAAAUUUACAAGCAAUGGGUGGUAAUAUUCCUCAAAGAAUGGCUACUAGUGGUAAUUCUUCAAGUGCACCACCAGCUGUUUUACCUAAUGGGAAUGGAGCAGGUCUCAUGUUGAACAAUGAUUGGGGAACUGCCACUAACUAA